AUGUCAUACUUCGUGUUUUCACUGAAAGCUGUUCGACUGAGGAAGAAAUGUUUGCGGUACGAACGAGAAAAACUGAAUUCAAUAAGGAUUCACCAAGGAGAAAAACCUAUUUACACCUUCGUCGACCGCUGCCGUCACUGUUGCUCGAUAUGGUGCCAACCUGGUACUCGCUUUGGAAAAUUUUGGCAUAAGCUGUUGUUUUAUGGUACACUUGAGAACUAUGUAAUGACAAGCUGCCUUGGAUUUUUUGGAGGAAUGCUACUUACUUACAUUUUGUUCAUGUUUUUUGUAUUCCAACUGCAUUUUUCAACUAAGAAAGCAACUAUUUUGUGUUCUAUGAUUGGAACAGUACUUACACUUGGUUUGGCAUUUUCUUACUAUGUCAGAUGCAUUGUGGUGCUUGUUCUUCCUCAACUGUGUGUAAAUCGAGGCCGGCAGGCCCUCAUGCUAUAUGCCUUUGUGUUGACACUUACUGGGCCUGGGAAGAAUACAAUGCAAAAUGUUGGGGUGCUCGCAGAAUCUCUGUCAUGUGGACAGGAGCAGCUGAAAAUUGCAGCAAAAAAAAUUAUGGAGGCUAUCAAGAAGCCCUUUUUAGCAAUGAAAGAUGCCCUAUCCAAUGCUAUGAAAACAAUUAAAUCAAUAACACUCAAGAUCAAGGAUACAUUGCUGUCCAUAAAAAGAGUUGUGAUGUCUGUAUUGCGAGUCAUCAAGAGUGCUGCAAGCUGGUUAGGUAGUAUUAUCAACAUCUGCAAUAAGGAACUUGGAACCCCAUUUGAACGCUGCAUGCGUGUAUUUGAGCCAGCGAUUUCUGACUGUGUGGCUGCACUUGGACCUCUUUUCUCUUGGCUUUGCUCAAUUGUGUAUGUAGGACAGGCCUUAUGUUUUAUCUUCAAGGUCUUGGAUCUAAUAUGUGCCUUGGUUGAUCUCAUUAAAGACACAGUCACUGGACCAAUAAAGAAAAAGUUACGAGAGUUCUUGUGGCGUUUGAAGAACAUAUUUUAUGUUUCUGUUGAUUUUAAACAUUCAUAUGAUUUUGAGACAGAACAAUCAAAGACCUUAAAAGAAGUAGCAGCUGAGAUUACAGCAGAAGUUAAGGAAAGAGCUGCUGUAAUUUCCUCUAUCUUUGAUAAAAUUAGCCUAGUGGCAAGUCUAUUUUUUCUCAUCAUAUUUUUCAGAGCAGUGUAUUACUGGAGGAAGUAUAUGACCAAUGAUAAAUAUGACAACCGGUAUAUAACAAAGCAAUUCUACAAACUGGAUGAGAACCGUUCUAGGUUAGGUCAUGAAACCAUACUUCCAUUAAAAAAUCGUGAAAAGAGGAAAUACAUUACGAUGGUUACUCUACGUCUGAGUGGCAGCGAGAAGCUGAGGCUUACUCGAUCUGUAUCAUUUGUGAUUCACAUAACGAUAAAAAUAUUAAUAUUAAUGGCUUAUGACUAUUGUCUAUAUUGGAUUCUUGACAAGAUCCAUCAACAUGGUCGAUUCACUUCCAAAAUUCAAGAUCCACAAGUGGUUGACGUCAAUGUCGAAGGCACAGGAUUUCUUGCAAGCAUAUAUAGAAAUGUAAUGGGAGCAUUCAAGCCAUUUGAUGUGAAUGCCAAAGUAGAUACAAUACCAUGUUUACCACACCCAAUACCACCAAAUUAUAUGCGUUACAUGCAGAUAGGGUUUAUAGUACUGCUAUGUCUUAUUUUGGCAAUAAUUGAGCCAUAUGUAUUACGUCUAAGGCAAUGGUUUAUGGGCUACUAUUAUCCUCAAAGAGCACAACAGAGGGCUGUAUGGCUUUACAACCGUAUACUUAGAUCAAGAGAAAAUUUUCUUAAAUUUGCUCGUAGACACCUAAGAAGAAAGUUUGGUAAGGGAAAAAGAGGAGGAGAUGAGGAGUCAUUUUUUACCCAGUUAUGGCAGAGAUGUGCUCUUCUGCAGAGGAUAAUACCCCAUACACCACAAAAGGCUUGCCUAGUUUGUGCAGAAACUCAAGGGGAACUCAAGAGUUGUCCCAAACUCGACUGUGCAGGCACCUACUGUCAUCAGUGCUUCAAAGAUCUGAAGAACAUUUGCACUAUCUGCAUGGAACCAAUUGAAUAUGGUGAUUUAACAGAUGUCAGUGAAGAAAAAGGUUCUUCUGAGGAAGAAAAUACCACUGCUGGUGUCCCGAAUGCUGCUUCAAAGGCUGACCAUGGCAAGCAUGGUGAAAUAACUGUUGCCUAUCCAACUGAAUAUCAGUAUGAUACUAAAUCAGUUUCAGGAAAUAAUAGUGCCCCUUUCCCAUCACGACCCAGAUUCAAAGAUUUGGAAGCUCAGAAGAUUUUAGAUGUGGCCACGGUUCGUCAGUUUCCAGGAACUGAUGAUGAAAAAACAGAAUAUAACAGCAACCAAUCAGCGAGUGGGUUCUAUGAAAGCAGCCACUAAGUACAGGAACAGCCAAUCAGCAAGCAGGUGGACACAGUUGAUCGGAGAUAUACAAGACGCUUUGCCAAGAGAAUUACAACUUGCCGCAGCCAUGCAGAUCGAGAUGACAACCACAACAGCAGCAGCAGAGCAGUAGAAGAAGAGUGAAUGAGA